AUGAAGCUCACAUUUAGGGAUUUGAAGCAACAAAAGUUCGUGAUUGAAGCCGAACCCUCAGAAACAAUUGGCCAGCUUAAGGAGAGGAUUUCCCAGGAAAGGGGUUGGGAUGUCGCUCUGCAGAAACUCAUCUAUUCCGGGAAAAUUCUACAAGAUGAAAAUACCAUCGAAUCAUAUAAUAUCGAGGAGAAGGGAUUCAUAGUCUGCAUGGUCACGAAGCCAAAGACAACAACCCCAGCUGCCACAUCAUCCCAAGCUCCUUCGACUCCCGCUCCUGCUGUCGCUUCAACACCUGCCGCACCCGCUCCCGCGUCUAAUCCUCAAACCACAGAUGCUCCAGCUACAACCUCACCUGCAGCUCCAGCAGCAGCUGGUGGUGCAACUUUUAACGAUCCAUCAGCCCUUCUAAUGGGCCCUCAGGGCGAACAAGUAAUUGCACAGAUGGAGUCCAUGGGUUUUCCGAGAAGUGAUAUAGAUCGAGCCAUGAGAGCUGCGUUUUUUAACCCCGACCGAGCUAUCGAGUACCUCCUAAAUGGUAUCCCCGAAACCAGUCAAGCUGAGCAGCGAGAAGCGGCUCCCGCGACAACGGCACCCAGCGGUCCCGCAGCUCCAGCAGCAACUGGAGGGGAUGAGCACGUCAACCUGUUUGAGGCUGCUGCGCAAGCCGGUGCUCCCCAAGGAGGUGGAGCCGGUCGUGGUGCUCGUGCCACAGGACAGGGAUUGGCAACUGCCGCUGAAGGACAAGGUGGAAGUCUUGGAAAUCUGGACUUUUUGCGGAAUAAUCCCCAUUUCCAGCAGCUGCGACAACUCGUUCAGCAGCAACCGCAGAUGCUCGAGCCCAUCCUGCAACAGGUUGGUGCAGGGAACCCUCAGCUUGCACAGCUUAUUGGACAGAACCAGGACCAGUUCCUUCAGCUGCUCAGUGAGGAUAUCGAGGAUGAUGCGCAGCUACCUCCAGGCACGCAUCAGAUUACUGUCACGGAGGAGGAAAGAGAUGCGAUUGAAAGACUCUGCCGUCUGGGAUUCCCCCGCGAUUCGGUCAUUCAAGCAUAUUUCGCAUGCGACAAGAACGAGGAAUUGGCCGCGAAUUUCCUAUUCGAACAGCCUGACGAGGGCGACGAGAGUUAA